ACUUGCCCUGCUCGAGAACCACGGCUCUAGAAGGCUUUGUGAGAUCUGGCCCCCAAGUUUCUCUCUGCCCUAAUGUUCUGCCCUUCAUCCUUCUCAUUCCUCCUCUCCCGCCGUGGUGGUCUCUCUCCUGGUCUUCACCAGCAAGGUGAGGGGCCUUUCACCGCAGGGCCUGUGCCAGCAACUCUCUUCCCCCUGGAACCCUUCCCUCCAGUGAUGUGUGCACCUUCCUCACACGCCUGCCCCGGGUCUUUGCCCAAACCUCACCUUCUCAGUUUUAAGCCUCCUAGAUCGCCUUAUCAGAAACUGCACCCCUCCCGGCCUCCCUCACCUUGCCCACCCACCUACUCCGUGUGUUGUUUGUUAUAUCUGCCAUCUCUCCAUCUCCCUGGGCUAGAAAAAAGUUUCACGAGGGCAAGGGUUUUGUCUGCAUUUUUCGUGGAGGCCCCCCAAAUCCUUGGAUGAUACUUUAUGAAAUAGUCCUGCAAUGCCUCUGUUUACCUAUGCCAGCCGCUGUCUGGACACUGGGAAUAUAAUGGCGAGCACAGCAGCACUGGUUCCCGCCCUCAAGGAGCUCAAACUGUCAUAUUCAGAUCAUCUGUGCUCACAGCUGGAUGAUAAGUUUUGCUGCUGAUGCAGAGGAAACAAGACUCCUGCAGAUUCCUGGGUAGGGCAGAGGAUGGCUACUUCUCACACCGGCCGAAAGAGAAAGUGCGAACAGACAGCAACAAUGAGAACUCGGUCCCCAAAGAUUUUGAGAAUGUGGACAAUAGCAACUUUGCACCCAGGACUCAAAAGCAGAAGCACCAGCCUGAGUUGGCCAAGAAGCCCCCUAGUAGACAGAAGGAGCUUUUGAAAAGGAAGCUGGAACUGCAGGAGAAAGGGAAAGGCCCCAGUGAGGCUCUGCCGGCCGGAGAGAGAGCUGCAGCCAACAGCAGCCGUGGGAAGGGUGCCCCCAGGGAGCCCCAUGCCAGGAAAAGCGGGGGCAGCUCCCCUGAGACCAAGUAUGACCAGCCCCCCAAGUGUGACAUCUCCGGCAAGGAGGCCAUCUCUGCCCUGUCCCGUGCUAAGUCCAAGCACUGCCGCCAGGAGAUCGGGGAGACCUAUUGCCGACACAAGCUUGGACUGCUGAUGCCUGAGAAGGUGACUCGGUUCUGCCCCCUAGAGGGCAAAGCCAACAAGAACGUCCAGUGGGACGAGGACUCUGUGGAGUACAUGCCGGCCAACCCAGUCAGAAUCGCCUUUGUCCUGGUGGUCCACGGCCGUGCCUCUCGGCAGCUACAGCGCAUGUUCAAGGCCAUCUACCACAAAGACCACUUCUACUACAUCCAUGUGGACAAGCGCUCCAAUUACCUGCAUCGGCAAGUGCUCCAGUUCGCCAGGCAGUAUGGCAACGUCCGUGUCACCCCCUGGAGGAUGGCUACCAUCUGGGGGGGUGCCAGCCUCCUGUCCACCUACCUGCAGAGCAUGCGGGACCUCCUCGAGAUGACCGACUGGCCCUGGGACUUCUUCAUCAACCUCAGUGCAGCCGACUACCCCAUCAGGACAAAUGACCAGCUGGUGGCAUUUCUCUCCCGAUACCGAGAUAUGAAUUUCUUGAAGUCACACGGCCGGGACAAUGCAAGGUUCAUCCGGAAGCAAGGCCUGGAUCGGCUCUUCCUGGAGUGCGACGCUCACAUGUGGCGCCUGGGGGACCGGCGCAUCCCUGAGGGCAUCGCCGUGGAUGGGGGCUCAGACUGGUUCCUGCUAAACCGGAAGUUUGUAGAGUAUGUGACAUUCUCCACAGACGAUCUGGUGACUAAGAUGAAACAAUUCUACACCUAUACCCUGCUUCCUGCUGAAUCCUUCUUCCACACGGUCCUGGAGAACAGCCCCCACUGUGACACCAUGGUGGACAACAACCUGCGUAUCACCAACUGGAACCGCAAGCUGGGCUGCAAAUGUCAGUACAAGCACAUCGUGGACUGGUGCGGCUGCUCCCCCAACGACUUCAAGCUGCAGGACUUCCACCGCUUCCAGCAGACAGCCCGGCCCACCUUCUUUGCCCGCAAAUUCGAAGCCGUGGUGAAUCAGGAAAUCAUUGGGCAGCUGGACUAUUACCUGUACGGGAACUACCCCGCAGGCACCCCGGGCCUCCGCUCCUACUGGGAGAACAUCUAUGAUGAGCCUGAUGGCAUCCACAGCCUGAGCGACGUGACGCUCACCUUGUAUCACUCUUUUGCCCGCCUGGGCCUCCGCCGGGCAGAGGCAUCGUUGCACACAGAUGGAGAGAACAGCUGCCGGUACUAUUCCAUGGGCCACCCCGCAUCUGUGCACCUCUACUUCCUUGCUGACCACUUCCAGGGCUUCCUGGUCAAGCAUCAUGCUACCAAUCUGGCUGUGAGCAAGCUGGAGACUCUGGAGACGUGGGUGAUGCCAAAAAAAGUCUUCAAGAUUGCAAGCCCACCCAGCGACUUUGGGAGGCUUCAGUUUUCCGAGGUCGGCACCGACUGGGAUGCCAAGGAGCGGCUGUUUCGCAACUUUGGGGGUGUCCUGGGGCCCAUGGAUGAGCCGGUGGGUAUGCAGAAAUGGGGGAAGGGGCCCAAUGUGACUGUGACCGUCAUUUGGGUGGAUCCCAUCAACAUCAUCGCAGCCACCUAUGACAUCCUGAUUGAGUCCACUGCUGAAUUCACACACUACAAGCCCCCUUUGAACUUGCCCCUGAGGCCCGGGGUCUGGACAGUGAAAAUUCUCCACCACUGGGUGCCGGUUGCAGAGACCAGAUUUCUUGUUGCGCCUCUGACCUUCUCCAACAGGCAGCCCAUCAAGCCGGAGGAAGCAUCAAAGCUGCACAACGGACCCCCUCGUAGCGCCUACAUGGAGCAGAGCUUCCAGAGCCUGAACCCCGUCCUCAGCCUGCCCAUCAGCCCCGCCCAGGUGGAGCAGGCCCGGAGGAACGCAGCCUCCACCGGCGCAGCACUGGAGGGCUGGCUGGACUCGCUGGUGGGCGGGAUGUGGACUGCCAUGGACAUCUGUGCCACGGGCCCUACCGCCUGCCCAGUCAUGCAGACCUGCAGCCAGACAGCUUGGAGCUCCUUCAGCCCUGACCCCAAGUCAGAGCUAGGGGCGGUCAAACCCGAUGGCCGGCUUAGGUAGCACUGGGCACAAAUGGGCCACAGCGGGAUCUCAAUGGGAAAGCAGCCAAAGGGGCUGUGGGGCCUGAACCCUGGCCUCCCACCCCAGGGAGUGCCUUUUGUGCAAGGGGCUCUCCUGGCCGGCCAUACAACAAGGGGAAAGGUAGGUUAGUAGGCCAAACCAUGGGCAGCCAACAACCUGUAUUUGGCAAGCUGAGGGUGGGAUGGCUCAGUCCCAGUGCUGUGGUCACCUCCCCUCUUCCGUUUGAUCCUCAAAUCCUACAGGUUCCUUGUCAUCCCCUUCGAUAACCCAACACACCCCUGCACCCUGACAAGUGAUUUUCCGGCUUUUAUUUUGAGCAGCAGAACUUUGUUUACUGAGCACAGUAUUAGGCAGAAGUUUAAGGUGCAGACGAAAUCCAAGCUGCUCUGGUUGAAGCUAAGGAACAUGAAGUUGUGAGGUUCCCUCUCAAAGCUCAUCCCAGUGGGCAGUCCCUUUGCCACGACCAUCUCCUAAGGUACCUCUUCAGAACCCAAGGGCUCUGCCAAACCCAGUUAGACAAGCACUGCCCAGGCCGACUGUGGGUUUGCCCUCCAGCCCCACCCUUUGGAUCCUCUUUCUCCUCCUAUUGGCUGAGAGACUCUGCGCCAGCCCUGAAAUGACAGGCCCCUGAAAGUCAUGGUCAUGGCCCUUUCAAGGGAUGUAGCAGGAUUGGGAGGAAAGCUAGGAACCUCCUAGCAACCCUCCUUAGGUUGAGCUAUUCUCCUUAGUAACCAGAUGAGCAAAAAGGCCUUUUGAUGUGAUGUAGUCAAGUGUGACUUGCCAGUUAUCCAUGGCCCAUGGCUCCCCCAGCAAGGCUGCCACAUGAAAUAGCAGAAACAAGGUGAUGCUGUGAGCAUGAGCCUCCAGUUUCCAUGAGCUGGAAGCGAAGGGCAUGACCUCUUUGGUCCUUGAAAAUGGGAUCUCUGGGGACCUUGGCUAGGAAAUUCAAAAGACAUUGCUUAUAGCCAAACACCUGAGCUAGACAGCACAGCAAUGCCCAUCGCCUGCCAGAGCCCUUCCGUUCUGAGGUCAGGCCUGCAAAACCUUCUGACUCGCACACUUGGUGCUGUUGGGAGCGACCAAACCACAUGGACCAGACUUUUCACAUCCAGGAAAAAAAGCAUUUUGGAUUUGGGUUUUAAUUUCAUGCCCUUCCUUUGUCCACGGUGCCAACAGGCCCUUAUGGACGUGCAACAUAAAAGUGGAAAACUUAUCUUAAAAAAUUUUAAAUAGUGUUAUUCAAAUGCUUGAGAUACCUGAAACCUGAGGGGUUUCCUUGCCUGGGCCCCCAGGAGGGCCCUGCCCUAGAGGGCCCCCUCCCUCCCGUAAUCCCAUCUCCUCGGAUGAAAGGGUUUCCUUGGACAAGUCAUGCCCUGGUUGCCAACAGUCCUGCCCAUGGAGAGCCCGUCCUCCUGCUUCUCUCCAGGGUGGGCUUGAAGGUACCUGUCUGUGUGUCACCCCAUCCCUGCCCUGCAAGGCAGGGUGUCCUGUUGGCAAUGGAGGACAUGGAGAAGGGACAUGUUAGAUAUUUAUUAUUUAUAUGUUUUAGUCGAUGACUAAUUAGUAGGUGCUGUUUUUGCAGCUUGUCAAUUACAUUAUCUAACUGAAGCUGCCUUUAUUCACAAAAGGCCCCCGCCCCCACCUUUGCCACCUACCCCCCUUCUCUCCUCCCCCCUGGUGUGUGUCUCUCUAUAGUUCUCCUGUGUCUACCCCCCAUUCUCCUCGUCCUCAGAGUACUGCAGGGGUGUUGGACACCACCGAAAGAAAGCGCCAACCCACAUCAUCUGCUGCUUGGAGGGGGUGGGGUACCUAGGGAUUGCGGGAGCCUCGCUCUGCCUCACGCAGGGGUCACAGUGUUGGCCUCAUCUGUCCCUCCACUUCCAAGAGUGUUGUAAUUCCUGAGCCACCCUUGCCCUGCACAGGGAAAUGAUAGACUUGGGGUUGGGGGAGUGUGCAGACUGCAGAGAGCUGGGGCCCCUCUGCUUGCUCUGUAAAUGACUUCCCAUUCAGUCUAAUCAUGGGCCUCUACAUGACGAUGACAGACAGACAUGGGCUCCUUUUAAAGGAGAUCCAUUGUAGGAAGAGCUGGCUAGACCCAGCCACAGAGCCCAAGAGAUGGCCACUGUCAGCAGUGGCCCUGGGGACCUUGGAGUGGCUCUCUCAGAAAGUUUCUAUGAUCUCUGAGCGGUCUCAGAGACUUCGAGCCGGAGGCCACAUCCCCUUCCUGCCCCCGCCUCGGGCCAUGGUUUCCCUGGGGUUGCUUCAUCCAGGCUUCUUUCUCACUCUCCUGGCUGGCUGCCUGGGCUGUGUUUUCUGCAGUGUUAUUUGUGGCGGCUUUGGGAACUUGGCCGCGGUAGGUCCCUGUGUAGAGUGAGCCUGCAGACUUCAAGACAGGGCCCCUCCUGCACCCACGACAUUUCUUUCCUUUUUUCCAUCCUAGAACCAGUGGAGAAAGACAGAGGUGACUUGCUCUGGGGACCCUCUUGUCCCCCAGAGGCUUCACUCCCCUCUUGCAACUAAUUUGGUAGGAUCCUGUCGCCUCUGUUUCAGUCCAGGUAUAUGUAAUCAUUUCGUAGAUGUUAUAUUUGGUAAAAAAGAAGAAUCCCAAACAAAGCGCAGCUUGAUUGGAGAAAAGGGAUGUUUUCCCAGGGAAAAUAGCAUAAGUCUUCCCUCCCCCAACCUGCCUGAGGAUGACUUAUUUAUUGGAGGCCAUGGUCAGACAGCCUGGAGCUACGGCUGCCUGGAGAUUUCGAAAGCAUAAAGCCGCAGUCUCCAGAAACCCCGUUACAGCCUGCAACUGUGGGCUGAGCCACUGACUAGAUCCUGGAAAUUCAGGAAGACUUAGGAGGUGGGACUUGGGUGUUAGUUUGUGGAGCAAAGGUAACAUUCAGUGCGUAGACUGCUGCGCUCCGUAUGACUUCCUGCCCACCCAGUGACAUUCAGGCAGAAAUGGGGCUCAGGAGACAGCAAGCCAUCCCCAGUCCCACUUCCCCGGGCACGCAUAAAGCGGUUUCUGAGGAGGAAGUGAGCAAUUCCCAAGGUCCUCAUGUUUUAAGAAGUGCACGAGUUCCUCCCUUUGGUUAAAAGGCUUUUCUAUUUUCUGGUGGGAUCACGAGUUCUGGCUUUAGUUCUCUUUGUCAAUUUAACUUUUUGAAUGGAGUUUUGAGAGGACAAGCAAGACCAUAGUCUCAACCAAGAAGAGGCAAAUUGCAGCCACUCUGGGCACAAGCCUGGGUGUGUGAGCACCAUGCUUCCUUCUGGUUGUCUUGUUUGCACUGAAACAACAAUGGCUAGAUCCUUGACUCCACCAAGAAGGUGCAGAGUAGAGGACAGCAGUGGACACUGGGUGUGGCAUGUGACAAAGACCAAGUCCACUGAGGAUUAGGGACACUGCUUUCCCAGCAGCAUGGGGGCAGGGAAGGAGACCAGAAACAGCUGUCAACACACUCAGCUUUAAAGACAGCAAGGUAGGCCUGCCCAAUCAAAACCACACUGUGGCAGGAGUCCCAAAUGUUUACGGGUCCAGGACACAGAUUGGUGUAAGAUGGAGGGAGGGAUGGGGACCACGGGGACUGGGGCAUGCACGGGCCCCAUCCAGAAGGAAUAGCAGACACUCCGCUCCAGCCCGUUGCAUGCAGAAAUGGAAGCACAGCGUAGGGGGUUCUUCCACGGUGGUAAGGGAAGCCAGAAAUCCAGACUUUUAUUGAAAAUCUGGUUGUUCGAUAUCCAUUAUUAUUUUUUUUCUUUUGACUCACUGUGGUCAAAAGAAUCCCACAGUUCUGCUUGUGCACUGCCAGCAACCUCUGCUCUCUGGAGAGGUAGUUUAAGAUGAAGUUAAGCAUUGCCCUGGUGGAGGAAGAAAAAAACACAGCAUCAGGUCAGGGCAAAAACAAUAGCUCAUUGAACUCUCAGGGGAAUGGAGACCUCCUGAUAGUAAUUCCCCUCCUGAAGAGACCAUUCCACAGAGGAAGACUGGCUUGUUCAGCUCUCCUGGUCCCAAGACAGUUUGUGCUAAAGGGAGAAAGAACAGAAUUUGGAGAUCUGGACUCCUGCCCCUCAGACAUGCAGACGUUCAUGUCUUCCUGAGGCCACUGCAUCAACCAGAAACAGCAAAGACAGGGUCUGGGUCCCAGGAGAAGGGGGUGGGUGCACAACAGUUGGGCUUCCUCCUCAUCUCAAGUUUUGGCUCCCAUCUUGCCACUUCUCUAGAAGCCUCUUCCGAAACCACAGGGAGCUGUGCUGGCUCUCGGGGUGUCCUCUUAGCUUCUGCCUCAGUUUCCUUACUUUGCCCAUGGGUCUACCACAGGCGCUACCUCAUUAUGUCCGCUGAGAAGUUUACCUGGGGGGCGGGGGAAUAAAGGUGUCCAAAUCUGCUUGAGCUGAAUGUACAAUCUAUGCAACUUCUCCUCUUUCUUUCUCUCUCCCUCUGCCUCUCGGGCUUUCUAACUUAGAAGUAUUAUUUUUCUUAUCUUGCAAACAAGAUACUGUCUAGGACCCUCUGAAGACUGAGGAGGGCUUUCAUGCGCCACCUGUGUCUGCCCCUCACGUUGUCUUUGGUUCUGUUCUUGCCAAGCCCCAUGCAAGGAGAAAGUGGCCUCUCUUCCCUCUCCACUUGGCUGGGAAUACUCCAACUGCCUCUGCCUACAACACCACCAGGAAGCAGGUUCUGCACUUUGCCACGCCCACUCUUAACACCACAUAUUCCAUCCCUCAUUUUCCUCCAACUUGCUUCUCCCAUCCCCCCUUCCAAAAACAACAACAACAGCAACAAAAAAAAAGCCUUAGGUUUCUCCUUUUUGAAAUGUGGCCUUAAAAUUAUUUUUUGGGAAGCUGGCCGUCCUCUCCCUCACAUUUCCACCCACAUCACAGAAGAAAGAGCCUCAUGAAGCUUUCGUGGCAGCCUCAUAAGCCAGGGGGCUGCCAGUCUCUAGUUGCAGAUGCGAUAGAAAUUGCUUACAGAUGUCAUCUUUAAGAAAAAUGGCCUUGUAUUUUUCCUAUGGGCAAAACGAAGGGUUGGGUGUUCAUCUAAACCUUAGCCAACUCCUGAAGCACUCUCUGGGAGGAUAUUGUCGCUGUAAUAGGCUGGCUUAAUUCCAUGCAGAGUGCUCACCCAGAAGGUUUGGGCUUUCUAAACCUUCCCUGCCCCCAAGACUGGGUGACUUUAUGUACUUCAUUCGAGGGUAAGUCAGGAGGGUUUCUCAAUUUUUCUCUUUGUCCUUCCUGCCUGGAAAGUGAUAGCACUAAAUAUUCCCCACAGAUGGGUGGUGUUCGCAAAGGGAUCACCCUCUGCCUACCUUCAGACUCUACCCUUUAUCCUUCCAUCGCUCCAGUGCUGAUGAAGGCCAAAGACAACCCCAGGGUUUUCAUAGGAAAUUCACUGGAAUUGAGCGCAAUUGUCUUUGUAGUCCUUUUGUCUUUUUUUUAAAAUAUUAUGAUGUUGUCAAUAGUGUUUGUUUGGGUAUUUGUUUUAGAGGCCUCACGAUAAGUUAUUUCCCCGUCAUUGUUUUCAAAGACAUGUGGUGAUAUAGUUUUUAAAAAUAACUAUUUUGUUAUAGAUCAUAAUAUGCAUAAAACUGUACAGAACUAUUUUGUAAUGUAUUGAUUUUAAAAAAAGAGAGCGAGACUCUGUAAAUAAAGUUUAAAAAAAAGAGAAUUCACAUGGUAUACUCCGAAAGAUGUAGAUAUUUUGCUAUUUAUUUAAAGUAGUAUUUUAAAAGAUAUUGAACUAUCUGAAAUUGACCAAUAAUCAAAGUUUCAAUCAUCCAAAUGCUUUUUUUUGAAGUAGAAUGUGAUUCUAGGAAACGAUUGCAUUACCUGCCCAUUUUUGCACCUUUUCUGUCUUUUCAUUUAGCAGAAAACAACAACAACAACAACAACAACAAAAUUGUGCCUUAGCUGUAUUUUUUUGUCUAGGGGAGUUUAUUUCUGUCUGACAAAGCAAAAUUUUUUGCAGAAAACAGUGGAUGUAUUAAAUACUGUAUCGUACCAAAAACACUGCAGGUGUACAUAGAUGCUUUCUGUCAUACUGUGUUUUCAGAUGCAGAAUUUUAAAAUUAAAGAAAAAAAAUACUGUCUUUAUGGAA